GAUCAUUGGGCGGCCAAGGCGUGGUUGUCGUCCCGCUGCUCUGCUCUGGUCUGGUGUUAGUGGCUGACGCGACCUUCACUAGUGGCUCCCCCUUCUGCACCUACCCCCCCUACGUUCUCUGACAGCCCCCUCAUUACCCUACUCACUCACUCCCGCAGUCCACCUUGCAUCCAUCAGGGGUCCCUCUCUCUCGUUUUUCUCUCUCUGUCUCUCUUUCUCCUCUAUCGCACACGGACUGUCCCUCCUCCUCCCCUCCUCGGUCCCCCUCCAUCGCCGCCCAUUUCAUAGCCAGUGUCAGCCCAGCGCCCAUCACAGGAAGGGCCCCAGUGUCCCCUUCUCUGCCGCCCUCCAGCCCACGCUCGCCGCCGCGCACACAUCAUCACUUCGCGGGACUUCGGUGACCUUGACAUCCUAAAGAGACCUUCCGUCGUUUCCUCCGCCUCCUCCGCCGCCGCCGCCCCCGCUCCUCGCCGUUCCUCCGCCCCGCCACAGAAAUGGCGGACAUUGAUGAAAAGACGAUGCACGCGCUGCGCAAGGCCUUCGCCACCGUGGACAAGACCAAGAAGGGAUACGUGGAGAUCAAGGACCUGGAGGGCAUCUUCACCACCAUGGGCACAGCCUUCGACAGCGAUGACCUCAACGAAACUAUCAAGAGAGUGGACGUGGAUAACGAUGGCAAGAUCAGCUUCGACAAAUUCGUGAUAAUCGCCUCAAACUUCAUGCAGGAGGACGACGAGGAGACGAUCACGAACGAACUGAAGGAGGCGUUCAGACUCUACGACAAGGAAGGCAAAGGCUACAUCACCACGCAGACGCUGAAGGAGAUCCUGAAGGAGCUGGACAACAAGCUUUCCGAGACAGACCUCAACGACAUCAUCGAGGAGAUUGACGAGGACGGGAAGGGCAAGGUGGACUUCGAAGGCUUCAGAGAGCUCAUGAUUUAGAGGCUUUUGGUGUGGGCGUGGGCGUGGGCGUGUGUGUGUGUGUGUGUGUGUGUGUGUGUGUGUGUGUGUGUGUGUGUGUGUGUGUGUGUGUGUGUGUGUGUGUGUAAAUGGGUGUGUGAUUCUUGAAUAGUGUGUGGAUGUGUGUGUGGAUGUGUGUGUGUGUGUGUGUGUGUGUGUGUGUGUGUGUGUGUGUGUGUCCGGGUAUGAGAGAUAGAUAAAUACACAGAUAGAUAUAGAUAGACAGGUAAGAUAGAUAGAAAGACAGACAGAUAGAUAUAUGGAUGGAAGGACAGAGUGAGAAAGAGGAAGAGUGAUACUUGGCUGGCCCUAAUACUAAGAAAAUAACGAAGACAUAUUGGUGUGACAGUCGAGUCAUGAACAAAAGCGAGUGACUGGUGUACCUGGCAAUGAAAUUAGUGAUAAAUGAAAACAGUUGAGUUGUCUGAUUAUGUAAGUCAGCCAUGAAUAAAAUUUUAAAAUAA